AUGGAGUCGGAACUGCCCCCCAAGGAGCAGCUCGCGGCCCAGGCGGCCGACGGCCGCCCCAUCACCCAGUCCGAGGCCUCCGCCAUCGCCGCUGCCGAGUCCGACAUGACGCGCCGCGGGCCCAUCAAGGGCGGCCCCGCCGCCGCCGCCCAGAGCCUGCACGACCGCCAGCAGAACUUCUUCAGCGUCGCCGGCGAGGUUGCGCGUAAGCCGUCCGGGGAGGUGACCAAGGAGGAUGCGAAGCGGGUGCAGCAUUUCGAGGCCCGCGCACUGGGGCAUCCGCUCGGCAAAGACUCGCUCUCGGCUGAGGUGCAGCACAUCGCGGAGCACAAUGCCAAGAUGCGCCAUAUCGAUGAGUGA